AUGGGAGAUCAGAAUGGUCGAGUCAAUGGGAGGCAGCAUUACACAGAUAAUAACCAUCCUGAUGAUCCAAUUGAAGAUUCUACACUCACCCAACUUUUGCCGAUGAACGAAAUUUCAGACGAUGAUUCUCCUCCUACUCCACGUUUCUUACAAGACCAGUCUUCCUAUCGAUAUCUAAAAUGGGUUCCACUUCCGAUCAGACGUAUCGGUAAACAAGCCAUUCGUUGGGCUGAAGGGCCAGAGCCUCUGCGCAUAAAUGUUAUCAAGCCAUGGUUUCCAUGGUUCCAAGAAGCUCCAUUGCGACUUUUGGAUCGAUACAUACCCAAGAGGAGGCGUAGGAUAUCACUUCUCGUAGCAUAUUACUUUUGUUGGAUUCUGACUUUUGCUCUUGUCUUACGCCAGAGUACAUUCGCUACAGAAAUAGAGGAAUGGGGAGUUCCCGGCAAUAUUGGAUGCGGGAAUACAUAUUGGGUAGCUGGGAAUAGGUGUGGACUAAAUGGAAACGAUUGUCGUCCAUUCAAUGGAAGUGGAUAUGCAUUUCGUUGUCCUGCAAAUUGUGCCAGUGUAAAAGUACUUAAUCCUCGAGCUGUUGGAGCGCAGGAAAUCAUCUAUAGGCCUUUCGUCAUUGGCGGGCCUACAGAUAACGAUACCACUGCAGUCUAUCGAAGUGAUAGCUUUAUUUGUGGAUCUGCAAUUCAUGCUGGGGUCAUUGACAAUAUCAAAGGAGGUUGUGGAGUUGUGAAUUUAGUUGGGGAACGCCACAGUUAUCAGAGUUCGAAUAAGCAUGGUAUCAAAAGCAUUGGUUUUGAUUCAACCUUCCCAUCCUCAUUUGCAUUCCAAGAAGGAAUCACUUGCAAGGCUAAAGAUUCGCGGUGGUCGCUACUAUUUGUGUCUGUCACGUUCACUGUAUUGCUAUCGAUCUUCACUACAUCUCCCGGUGUAUUUUUCUUUUCCAUAUUUACCGGACUUUUUGCUCAUACUGGUCUUGGCUCUGAUCCACCUAAUCAUGAUACCAUGGCAGGACUAGUCUCGAACAUAUUAGGGAAAUUUCUUCCUGCAGCAUUUUGCGCAUUUGUCAUAUACAAAUAUAUGGGUGUUGAACGUGCCUUGCGUGGGCUCACAGCUCAAAUUGAAAAGACUAUUUUAUGGCUUGGGGCGGCUUGGGUUGGCACAUUGUCAAAUUAUACUUUUGAGUGGAUUCCUAUUCAACGGUUGAAUGCUCACGAUAUUAAUCAACAGCCAGGUGCCAAACUUGCUUUGGCGCUUAUUAUUAUGGUACUUAUCAUCAUUAUUGUGCAACAAGCAACAUUCUUCCGUAUGGAAGGUCGGCUAAUUCGCUUUCUCGGGUUAUAUGGCGUAUUUAUAGCUGCCAUACUCAUAUCUCUCCUAAUACCUGGCCUCAGUCUUCGAAUACAUCAUUAUAUUCUUGCCUUACUGCUGUUGCCGGGUACAAGUAUGCAAACUAGACCCGCACUUCUCUAUCAAGGCUUAUUGGUUGGCUUGUUUAUCAAUGGCAUUGCACGAUGGGGAUUUGAUCCUGUGCUUCAAACCCCCGCAGCACUUCAAGGAGAUGCGAAUCAUAAUUCCGCGCUACCACAUAUUUCAUAUCCAGAAAUUGUAAUGGGCAGCAAUUUCUCUUCUAUAUCCUUUUCUUGGCUCCCACCAACUGAACCAUUUGAUGGCAUCAGUGUGCUAGUCAAUGAUGUAGAACGUUUUAGAGGAUACGUGGAUGAAGGAUUCGCAAGUGAUAAGCAUUUCGUUUGGUAUAAAGACUCUUCUUUACUACAACCUGAAUACUUUAGAUUUGGAUAUAUGCAAGGAUCUAGAAGUUGGGAUUACACAAAAGCAGGAAUUUGGCAUGCUGAUGGCACGUGGACGGAGAUGAAAAAGGGACCAAGUAAGGUCAAGAGUAGAUCACUUGACGGAGAAGUCUUCACUAGAUAG